ACUCCAGCAGUCUGCUAUUUCCUUCUUCCUCCUAUCCUCUCUUGGGCUCCAUGAUUGGUUAGAACUUAGAGCUCCGAGAUAAUUAGAUUGGAGGAAUUCAAGAUGGAGCUUGCCAUAUCUGCAGUAACAGCAGGUGGAGAGGCUACAACAAGUUCUCUUGAGAGCUCGAAUAGUCGUCGAGGAGGCGGACGGCCGGUACAUCACAAACUCCGGGAUGCUGGAACAGCUUAAUAUGCUCGCAGAGGCCAUGUACAGAGGCUACUGGGCACUAGGGGCGUUCAGGUACAGGUCGCUUCAAGAGACUCCAACGGAGGAGGAGCAGAUUAGCUACUCAUCCUCUAAACGUUUUCGCACGGUUCAUGGCAGUGCUAGAAAGAAUACGGCCACGUAUCUUGUCGACUUGCAAGGUGUGUUGGAAAGCUUAGAGUAUGCGGUUUCUAGCAUGACGGAGUUUGUUGUUCUCUUGGGCGGAUGCGACCAUAUGCUGCGUCGACCAUACGAUGCAUAUCUUUACAAUGACAACAUCAUGUUUGGACGUCACGCCGAAAAGCAAAAGCUCCUGAACUUCGUGUUGCAGCACGGCCCUCACUGUGGUGCACCGGCUGUCCUCCCAGUCAUCGGUGGUCCUGCGGUUGGCAAGAGGACUCUUGUUGCCCAUGUAUGCAAGGAUGAGAGGGUUAGCUCACAGUUCUCUUCGAUUUUGCACCUGAAUGGGGAUUCCAUUUGUGGAAUAGCAGACCAUGGCAGUCUCUUGUCGGGGAAAGUAUUGGUAGUUGUUGAGCUUGUUUCAGAUGUUGACAAGGAGGACUGGGCCAAGUUUUGUUCCACCCUGGCAAGCAUGGACAGUGGAAGCAAGGUAAUCAUAGUCAGCCGGUGUAAAAAUUCAGAGAAACUGGGAACAGUCAAGCCGAUCUUCCUCAAUACCCUGCCAUACGAGGAAUUCAGCUACCUCUUUAAGACACUUGCUUUCGGGAGCGAAGACCCAGCACAGCACCCGCACUUAGCACGAAUAGCAGACGAACUGGCCAGGGAGCUGCAGUCGGAUUGGUCGCUCGUCGCCGCAAACUUGCUCGCUGACAUGAUGAGAAAAAAUCUAAGUCUCCAUUUCUGGCUCUGCACGUUGAGCAGGAUGAGAAGAUUUGUUGAGAGGAACUUCUCCCUGUUCGGGGAGCACCCGCAGUUGCUGAUUCUGAGACGCCAUCAGGUAGAUGUUUCAGACUUCAUCUUGCAUUCUGCUUCUCCCCUCCGCAUUGUACCGUCUUGUGCCGCUGGCAGCAGCCGGACUGAGGUUACAGAGCAAAGGGCAUUGCUACCGAAGGUGAGGGUUGGGGAUCUGCUGGUGGAUCCUGGACUUCGGCCACAAGGGGAUUUCAAUGUCGUUACUUGGGAAUCAAGGUUGCCACCAUACACUUCGUUUGUUCAUUUCGUUCCAAAUGGUGCCCCAGGUGUGCCUGAAGAUACUCCUCUGUCUGGGAGGAAGCGCAAGUCCAUUUGACUCAAAGGAUCUUCUACAGGGAUUUAGUAGAGUUGGAAUCUUUAGUGCCCCAUUCGUUUGUAAAUAAACAAAGAUUUAGAUAUUGACACAGUGUUCCAUAUGUACUUCAGUACCUGUAACCAUCAUCUUUGUACAUGUAUGCCAAUUGAAACUCGUGAAAUUUUAGGUUAGGAAGAAAAUCCUGAAAAUUUUAAUUUUCA